AUGCACGGACUUUGGAAGGAGACUUAUGAUGGCGCUACAGUAGCGUUUAUUGUGCUUGGUGCUGCAUGUGUUUUCGUUAUGAUUCCAGGUUUAGGGUUUUUGUACUCUGGACUGGCGAGAAGGAAGAGUGCCUUAUCAUUAAUUUGGGGUGUAGUAAUGGCAACCUUGGUUGGAAUGGUCCAGUGGUAUUUUUGGGGAUUUUCCUUAGCGUUUUCUCACACAGCUCCAAACUCGAAAUUUAUCGGUGAUUUAGAUUCCUUUGGAUUCAGGAAUGUAUACGGGAAGACCAGUGAUGAUGCAGUAUAUCCGGAACUUGCGUAUGCAAUUUUUCAAGGUAUGUUCAUGUGCGUUACAUUGAGUAUUAUUGCUGGGGCCACCGCGGAGAGAGGCCGUCUUUUCCCCCACAUGGUAUUCCUGUUUGUGUUUGCCACUGUGGUUUACUGUCCUGUAGCCUACUGGGUUUGGGCUCCAGGUGGAUGGUGCUACCAAUGGGGGGUUCUUGAUUGGGCUGGUGGGGGUCCAGUGGAGAUCUUAAGUGCCGUCGGUGGAUUUGUCUACUCAAUCUUUUUGGGUAGAAGAAAGGAAAGUCUUCUAAUUAACUUUCGCCCCCAUAAUGUUUCCUUGGUUACUUUGGGAACAGUUUUAUUGUGGUUUGGUUGGCUACUCUUCAAUUCUGCGACAUCUUUAAGUCCCAAUUUAAAAUCCGUCUAUGCCUUUAUGAAUACUAAUUUAAGUGCCGCCACUGGUGGUAUGACAUGGUGUUUACUGGAUUUCCGUUUAGAACGUAAAUGGUCCACAGUGGGUCUUUGCUCAGGUAUUAUUUGUGGUUUAGUAGCCGCUACACCAAGUUCUGGUUGCAUAACGCUUUAUGGAUCUUUGAUUCAGGGAAUCGUUGCUGGUUUAGUUUGUAACUUUGCCACGAAGAUCAAAUACUAUUUGAAAGUAGAUGAUGCAAUGGAUAUCUUAGCAGAACACGGUAUCGCCGGAGUAGUGGGAUUGAUGUUUAAUGCCCUUUUCGCUGCAGAUUGGGUCGUUGGGCUUGAUGGAUCCACUGAGCAUCAUGGUGGUUGGAUUACACAUAACUACAAACAGAUGUAUAUUCAAUUUGCCUACAUUUGGGCGGUCAUCGGUUACAGUGCCGCCUGUACUGCUAUCAUCUGCUUUGUCUUAGACCUCAUCCCAUUCACCAAACUGCGUGUUAGUGAAGAAGCAGAAGCUAGAGGUUUAGAUGAGGAUCAAAUCGGUGAAUUUGCCUACGAUUAUGUGGAAGUGAGAAGAGAUUACUGGCAGUGGGGUACAGACACGGACAAUUCUAAUGAAAUAAGGUUAGAGGAAGUAAAUGGUCAACAUGACCCCGAACAAUAUACCACUAAUACUGAAGAAUCUGGGAAUUUAAAUGGCGAAAAGCAGUUGGGCAGUGAUGACCAACAAACGGCAAAUAGAAACGAUGAAGAGCAAGUCCUAACGCCUACAUACAGUAAAAACCCAACGUGA